AUGAUAUAGAAGCAUUGUGUGGAUGAGUGUUGUGACAAAGGUCUAAUGAUUGAUGACAAGUGUAAGUGUGACAUAGGAUCGUUUGGCGAUGAUUGUUUUCUAAAUUUGCAGGACAUUUAUGUUGCCCCUUAUUAUACUUUUGUGGGGAUCUAUUGUGUCGCAUUCUUUUUGAUAUUAUUCGUAACUAUAAGACAAUUUUAAACUUCUUUAAAGACUCAAAGAAUUCCGUCUUAUUAUACGUAAUUUCUGAUGUUUGAUAUUUUAGUUGUUAUUAAUAUGCAUCUGCGUUGAUUGGGUCCCCUCAGAAUUACAUCCUUGUGUUGACGAUGGUGCUAUCAACGUGUAAACUGAUCUGGUUGAUUCUGGAUCCUUUCGAAGUCUAUGUAACUAAAUUUAGUCAUAAAGCAUAUAGAAAGGGAAUACAACGGUCAUUGAAAGACUGUUGGCAGAAAUCGUAUACACGAUCCUGUUCUAUAUCUACGGUUGCCUAUUGAUAGUGUGGUAUACAAUGUAUGAUGAGAUUUCCUUUAACAUCUAUCAAGGAGAAGUGAAAAAGGAGAGGAAAUGGAUUUUUACAUACUACAAGGAGGCAUUGAAGAUGCGCUUAUUUAUAGUGCUUUUGGUGUAGAUAACCGUAAGUACGUUGAAUGGUAAAUUAGAUAAUAAUGAAAGGUUUGAGGAAAGGAGUGUAGUAUCCAAUCUUCUUAAUGAUAUGUUACAUAUUUUUGAUGGCUAACUUCUUUUUGUUCAUAAUAGAAUUUAUAAUCUAUGGUUCUUCUUUGCAGACUUGCAUAAAGGACUAGAUCACUAUAUGUCGAACUUAGUUUCGAAUGCAAUUGUAAGGAUUGGAUCAAGCAAUGCCAUAGCAAGUGUAAAAGGAAGAGAGUCUAAGUAAGUCUCCCGAGUCGGUUCAAAGAAUUGUGAGAAUUUCUAAGUAGGUGAGUAUUGAAGAACAGAAGAAUGAAUUGAAAGAUGAAGUGAAAUAGUUGGAGGAACCUAAGUUAAAGAUAGGGCAGACAAAAUUAAAGUCAGUAUCAUUUGCGCGUACAUUUGUCAAAGGAAUUAGGGGAUCUUCAUUUUUUAGAUAGGAGAGUUAGAAAUAAUUGAAAUCCAAUAAGCCCAAUCAAUAAAAUCAGGAUUCAAAUAGUGAUUAAUCUGCAAAGGAUUUGGAUAAUUAGUUUAAUGAGGAGUCUGCUGAUGCCGAGAUUAAUAGUUGUUGUCUGAGUGAGAAUUAGUCCAAUUCUAUAAUUUGGGAGAAUAAGGAGGAUAGACAAGCUUAUCAGGAGACAGUGAAAUUGUAAAUUAAGGCUGUUAAGGAGAGCAAGAAUUCAGCUGACAAAAAAAGGGAAGCUUUACAAUAAUAAUAUCAUUUUUAAAGAUACAAAGAGCGACAUGAUCAGAAAAAGUUGAGUUACUUAGGAAGUGGUAGUCAAUCGGAUUACAGAACAUCAAUUUAUUAGUAAUCUGAUGAGGAUUAGGAGAAGUUUAAUUUGAAAUCAAGUAAUUUAGCUAUUGAUAGAUAAAUAUUGUAUAAGAUUUAGUUGCUGGUUUACUUUGGCAUAUUGUUGGAAAUUCUAUUUGGAGGGUUGAGCAUAGCUGUGUUGGUCACAGACUUAAUUCGAGAUCCGAUUGGAGUGUUGGGUUAUUUGUAUGCAUCAUCAACUUUGUAGUUCUUUUCCCUGAUAACUGUGUUGAAAUUGUUCAGAGACAUCAAGAAUCAAGAAAUCAAGAAUUUAAUUUGGAUUCAGAAGGUGGGAAAUCAGAAGAACAAAAUCAAUCAGCAAUAUGUAUUUUCAAUUCCUUAGGAGUAGAAGGAUGAUGCUUAGAAACUCAAAUUCGAACAAAGAAUUAAUAUGAAUACUUAAUAUUGAUAUUAUUAUGAAAUAAGUGUAUCUCUCAUCUGAUCAAAUCAUUUAACUUUUUGGGUCUGGAACACUCAAAUACACAGAAGAAAAUGAAGAGACUGAAUCUGAGAGUGUAGUUCUGAGUAAGUUGCUUUUUUCACUCAUUUUUUAGUCUCUUAACAAGAAUACUUCAUAUUACAGAAACAAUUAGAAAGGAAAGUGGAUAUGAAAGAUAAUUACAAUGAGUAGAUUAGUAAUUUGAAUGGGGAAAUACAAAAAAUAUAGGAGGAAUUGGAUUUAAUGAAGCAGUAAAGAGAACUGAGAAACUCUAGUGAUUGUAUGAGUUUGAUUAAAUUAAAAGCUUUACUUCACAGUUUGAGAUAGCAGUUGCAGGAAGCCAAUCAAAGAGAACACAGAACGAUAUUGGAAUUGUCUAAAUAAAAUGAGUAGCAAUUGUAGUUAAAAUAAUAAUUUGAUUUCAUAUAGGAAAAUAUAAUGAUCUAAAGAAGCUAAGCAAAUUUGAAUUAGACAAAAAAGAUAAAUAGAUCGAAUAACUUAAAUAAUCCAUAUAUUUGUUGA